AUUUCGGCUGAAUGUCAAAGUGGUCAAAAAACAGGCAAGCCCAGGUGGAGGAAUAUUACUCAAGAAGAGGCUGGAUGGGUUGAAUGCUGGACUGUACCAAGUGUUACAUUCACAAUUGUCUACACUUGGCAUCCAAUUUAUCCACAGAAGGCAGAUGAACAGUUGAAGCAAUCAUUGUCAGAAAUGGAAGAAACUAUGUUAUCUGUACUAAGGCCAUCACAGAAGACAGCCGAUAGAAUCAUUUCCUCUCACACAGCCUCAACUCGCCUUCCUGUUGAUCCCUCAGAACUUCCACCUGAUAAGCUACAUGUGGAACUAGAAGUCUCUCCAGAUUCUCAGAUAACCCUGUAUGGACCUCUACUAAACGCCUUUCUGUUUAUAAAGGAAAAUUACUUUGGAGAAGAUGACAUGUACACAGAUUUUGAAGAAGUCAUUUCAAGCCCUGUCCUAUCAAUGUCAACAUCUUCAAGCUCUGGGUGGACAGCAGUUGGAUUGGAGAAUGACAAAAAGGGAAUUGAGAGUUCAGCCAAACCAGUUCAUCCCCUAACCUUGCGCCCUUGGGACAUUACUGUACUUGUUAAUGUGUACAAAGUGCAUGGACGGCUACCAGUGCAUGGCAGCACGGAUGGUCCUGAAUGCCCUACUGCUUUCUUGGAAAGAUUGUGUUUUGAGAUGAAAAAAGGAUUUAGGGAGACCAUGCUGCAACUUGUACUAUCCCCACUGAAUUUAUUCUUGAAUGACAACUAUCAGCGACCCUCUGUGGAUGAACUACUUAGAGAGGGCCAUAUCAGUCUGUCAGGUCUGCAGCUACGAGCUCAUGCUAUGUUUUCAGCAGAAGGUCUGCCAGUGGGAAGUGAUAUUUUAGAAUAUGCCUGGCUGAUCGAUGUGCAGGCUGGCUGCCUUACAGCUAAGGUUACAGCACCACAGCUUACUUGUCUUCUGGAAUGGGGACAGAUGUUUGUGUUUCAUGUAAUGUGUCGAGAGUUUGAACUGGAAAGGCCAAAAUCUGUAAUAAUGUGUCAGCAUGGAAUUGAUCGUCGGUUUUGUGAAUCUAAGAUGAACUGUGUUCCUGGGCCGUGUCCAACAUCUGAUGAUUUAAAGUACACUAUGACACGCCUUGCAGUAGAUGGAGCAGAUCUGUAUAUUAUAGAGCAUGGUUGUGCCACCAAUAUAAAGAUGGGUGCUGUACGUAUUGCAAACUGUAACCUCCACAAUCAGUUUGUUGGAGACGGUAUAAGUGCUGCUAUCCAAGACUUUCAACUGAGACAGUACAUUGAGCAGGUGAAUAACUGCAGAGUUGGUCUUCAACCUGCAAUACUGCGAAGGGCAUACUGGCUGGAAGCUGGGUCUGUCAAUUUGGGACUCAUCACUGCUGAUAUUGCCUUAGCUGGGGAUCAUCAUUCUAAACAUGAAGUGCAGAGACAUUUCUUAGAAACACAUGAUAGCAGAGUUAAGAGGUUAUGGUUUUUGUGGCCAGAUGAUAAUGUGAAGAACAAGAGAAGCAAGAACAAGUGUGGAUGUCUUGGUGGCUGCCGAUUCUUUGGUGGCACCGUAAUAGGACUAGACUUCUUCAAGCUUGAAGAGAUGAUGCCUUCAAGCAGCUCUGCCUUUUCAAGUACAAGUGCAGAAUCUGAUAUGUUUUAUGGACAGUCUUUAUUGCAGCCAGGAGAAUGGAUUAUUGCCAAGGAGAUGCCCAAAAUUAUAGAUAGUAAGACAAAUGGUGUAAAAAGAAAAGAUUGGGAUUGCAGAUCUGUGGGUAUAGAAAUAGAGAGAAAGGCCCAGCACCUGAGUCUGCAAGUACCAUUGCGAUCCCAUAGCUCCUCAUCAUCUUCAGAGGAAAACAGCAGUUCCAGUGCUGCACUUCCCUUGCUUGCAGGUGAGAAGGAAAGCCCUUCUUCUGCUACUGAAGAUCACAGGGGACAAAAGGAGUUUGUGUCUGGUGCACCUAAAUUCCCACCUAAAUUCCUCUAUUGGUUUCAAUUACACAUAGUAUUGUUAUGGCAGAGAUCAUGA